AUGAAGCUGAAGGCAGAGCAAAACUCAGGGAAUCAAUUCUCAAUGAAACAGUUUAGCAAAGAUAUUGCAAGCUGCUGGAAUUAAGAACCUAAGGAGUUGAAGAAUCUCUAUGUAAAACUCUUUAAAUAUUUUUCAAAGAUCAAGUAAUUCAACUAUAAGCAAUGCCUUACAAUUAAUGUUUUAGAGUACGGGAAGAGAUAGUGUGAAUUUCCAAUUUAAAUGCUUGAUCCAUAAUAUGAUAAUAUACCUCCUGAAACUAUUUUCGGAGAAGCAACUGCUUAAAUACCAGCUCCACAAGAUAUGUAGACAGAAACUAAAUAACCAUAGGAAUCAUAAUUACCAAAAGAUGAUGUUCCAAAUUUUUAUGUUUUUAGUCCACCCUAUUAAGCUGAUGAAGUAAAAGAUAUUAUUAAGAUUGAAAAACUAAAUAAUUAAAUCAUUAAUACUGAAGAACCUAUUGAUCUAUCUACAAUCUCUGAGGUUGAUGAGUAUUUUGAAGAAAAUCCAGAGGAAAACGAUUUUGGGGCUGUAAAUAAUAGGAUUUCAUUGAAAUCGAUGACUGUAAACUAAUAUUUAGACUGA